AUGAAUAGAAACGUGCUAUCUGCGCAUAUUCCAAUAUCACAACAGCGCCGUGCAAAACAACUUGUACCCGAUACUCAGAAAGACAACAGCUACUGGCAGAAGAGGCAGCGAAACAACUUGGCCGCCAAGAAGUCUCGCGAGAAUAAACGUCAGUACGAAUGUAUGGUUAGAGCUAGAGUUGUUGCCCUUGAGGAAGAAAAUUGCCUUUUGAAAAGGGAACUGGAUCUGUUGAAGGAAAGAUUCAACAUACCAAAAGAUGCAAGCAUUCUUAGUUCAUCUGACCGCGAAGAAUGCCUUCACCAAUGCAAACGAACACUCAGUUUUCUUGAAAGUUCAAACAAUCAACGGGAUACCUCAAAUUUUGAUACCUCGGACUAUAGCGACUGUUCCAGUAACUCGAUGAACGAUAACUCACGCGCUGAAAGUCUAGCGGAAUCCGCCUAUACACCUAUGGAAGACGCAGUUGUAUGGGCAGUAACUCCUGCUCAUUCACAAAGCCUCGAGCGUUAUGCGGAAAGCUCUAGGAUUUACCGAAAUGAACUGAAUGACAAAGAAAGCGGUGAUAAGAAUGGACCCUUCUACGGGAAUAAAAGAAAAAGGACUAUGUUUAAUGAUAAUACGGUACCGGCAGACUUAUCUAUGAAAAGAAAUUACUCCACAGAAAGUAGUGCUUUGAAAUAUGAAGCAGACGACAAAAAAAUUAUCGACAGACGAAACAAUAAUUUGUCAACGGAGGGUCAAAUGUCAAGUUAUGGAAAAUCUGAUAUUUCUGACGACCCAAUAGAUUUGACAAAGUGUGGAAAUGAACUUUAUAAUUCUGACAUAAAAUGCAAACUCCAAAUUUUAUCAGACCAAGUUGAAAGAAUGCAAAAACUGGUAUGUAACUCUUAG